AUGUUAAAAAGAAUUGAUCCUUCCAAUCCAGUCUUGGUUUCUUACUUAGAAUCCAUAGAUACUUCUGUUGAAACUGGGAUUCUCUUACCACAAACAAUUGAAAAAAAGUCAAAGAAGGCGAAGAAGAAUGAUGCUAGGUAUUCGGGUACAAAGGUUCAAUCAUCAAAGAGUACGAAGCAGGUUCCUGUGAUCGAACCUGAGCCAAUUCAGCCGGAGCCUAUUAUUCCUGAUACCCAGGUAACUGAGAAGGAAGUCAUUCCUUCGAAGACUGGUGUAUUGAGACGAAUCAAGAUGAAUUCGAAGCACAAGCAUCGAUCAUCUAGUAUGAAUGUUGUUCGUAAACCCCAAGUUUCUCAUCAGGGGGUGAUUUUUAGAGUAAUACCUGCCCCUGCUUCUCCUUCUUCGAAAAAACGAUUGGCUGCUGAUAUGGCAAAACAACUUUCCAAGAAGAAAAAGCAAAGGGUGAUUCUUACCUCAGAAUCUACUGCAGAAGAGGGUGAAACUAUUCCCGAGACACCUAAGACGGUUUUGUUUAAAGAUUCUUCUCAUGUGGAUACAUCUGUUAUUACACCACCCCAAGUUUCAAUUUCCAAGACAGUUACUUUGGAGGCUCGAACUUCAGGCAUCCCUGUAAACAUAUCUGAUAUGGAUAAAAAUGUCAUCAUGGGUAAGGACGAUUCGAAUAAAGCAACACAAGAUAUGGAGAAAGAAAUUUAUGUUGUUCAAACGGAGUUUGAUUCAAUCAACAAGAAAGUGGACAUUAUUUGUGAGGCAGUAACGAAGUUUGCAAAGCUAUAUGAAAGUUUGAGCCCUCUGAUAUCUCAACUUUCAACCAACAACAACAACAAAAAUUUCAUGGAGGUGUUCACACUUUUGAAAGAGCAUAAAAGUCUAUCUUCCAAGUCUACUGCGUCUAUGCUAUCUUCGGAAGAUCUGAUCCAUAAAUUUUCUAAAUUUGAAGAGUUACUUAUCUAA